AUGAUGCGGAAGUUGGGGUUUGCUAAUCGCUGGUGCAAUUGGGUGAUGGGGUGUGUCACUACAGUUUCUUACAGUAUUAAGGUGAACGGUAUGCCGUCGGGUUUUAUCCAGCCUCAACGUGGUUUGCGGCAAGGGGACCCAUUGUCUCCAUAUUUGUUCUUGAUUUGCACGGAGGGACUGACAGCGCUACUACACCACUUUGCGGGGAGGGGGCUGUUGCAUGGUAUCAAGGUGUCCAGCAGUAGCCCAGCUCUCUCUCACCUGUUAUUUGCAGAUGAUUCGAUCUUAUUCUGUAAAGCCACUGACGGAGAAAUAGAUAUGGUUAAGCACGUCCUUGAUCUGUAUGCAAAAGGCUCUGGGCAACAAGUUAACUUUGACAAAAGUUCUCUUUUUUUUAGUACCAAUUGUUCGCAAGAAACACGGGAUCGUUUGGCAAGACGGUUCAAUAUUCCCCAGGGGCGGGGUUUUGGGAAAUACUUGGGCCUCCAAUCUGAGUUUGGCCACUCUAAGAAGGUGGUGUUUGAAGAGAUCAGGGAGAAGGUGGUCACACGGGUGAAUGGAUGGGCAGAGAAUUUUCUAACCAUGGCUGGGAAGGAAGUGUUGUUGAAAGCGGUGACACUUGCACUACCCACAUAUACUAUGUCCUGCUUCCUACUUUCACAAGGUGUGUGUGCGGAUAUCCUUCGUGCGCUCUCUUCUCUCUGGUGGGGCAGCCAAGAUACUGGUAAGGGGUUACACUGGGCAAAAUGGAAGACGCUGGCACAGAGGAAGGACUGUGGGGGGCUGGGUUUUAAGGACCUAUUUUGCUUCAACCGUGCUAUGCUGGCCAAGAUUGGUUGGCGCACAGCUUGGGCGGAAGCCGUUGUGGGGAUGGCGAAGUAUUUUAAAAGGCCGGCAGGGGUAGGGCUAAGAUGGCGUAUUGGAGACGGAAAGUCAGUCCAUGUUACGCGAGAUCCGUGGUUGCCAAUGCCCUACCACUUCAUGGUUAGGACACCAUCACCUUUGCUGCCGGAGAAGGUUUCGGAUCUUAUUGAUCCUGUUCUGCGCCAAUGUGAUGUGCAUACGGUAAGUCGUCUAUUUAAUAAGGAGGAGGCUGAUUCCAUUCUGGCCAUGGCACUUAGUCGAUUUGGAUGUUCGGAUCGUUUGAUGUGGCAUUUUACAAAAGAUGGGCUCUAUACUGUGAAGUCGAGGUAUCGUGUGGCGGUGGAGUUGGAUUCCAAUGGUCUCCUUGGAAGACGAGGGGAUGGAGGAACUAGUGUUGAUAGAGGAGGACGGCGGCUAUGGAAAUCAAUAUGGGAACUGAACGUGGCUGGCAAGAUUCGUCACUUCAUCUGGAGAUGUUGUCGGAACUAUUUAGCUGUGCGAUGUAAUUUGAGGCAGCGGGGUAUGCAGGUUGAUUUGACGUGCCCAUCUUGUCAGCAACCCAAUGAGUCGGUAGCCCAUCUCUUGUUCCAGUGCAACUAUGCACGGCUGUUCUGGUUUGCAUGCCCCAUUCAAUUAGAUGUUCGGUCGUUGCAGGGGGGAACCUUUGCAGACAUAUGGUUGGAGUUGUGUGAUCGUUUUGCACAGGAGUCUAGAAAGGAUGAACUGCUGAGCUCCAUUGCAUACGGGCUCUGGCGGCUAUGGAAACUAGGGAGAAGGGAAAGGAGACGACACCCAUCCAAGGAGGUGGCGGAGAACAUCGGAGCCUGGGCACUCAACAAAGGUCCUGCCCUCCGAUGGAUUUUGUUAAAAUCAAUUGUGACGGGGCAUAGACAUCACAAACUUUGCGUGCCGUUGGAUAACAGUCCAACUGUGCAGUCAGGAUGUAACUGUGCAUGCCAGGAAUGUUCCAAUUCCUAA